ACCAAUUCUUCGGAACGACGGUAACGAUUUUCCUUUGAGUGUCGCUCCAGAAGCAUCGGAAGAGCCAAGAUGCGUUUUGCGUUCAUCAUUGCCGCUUUCGUUGCUGGGGCCUUGGCAGGGCCAUUUGAAGCAGUCGAUCAGGACUCGGUCAGCUUGCCCGACUUUGAAGUUGUUCUUCCCGGACAAACCGCAAGGAAGGUGAACUUAACCGAGGGAAAGGUAGAGGGACUGAGCAAGUUCCUCUCGCCCGGCAGCGAUUGCUACGGGCUUUACAAGUGUGAUGUGUUUGUCAGCGGGCUACGUGUCGCCUACAAGGCUGUCGCUACUGAGCCAAAGCGAGAGUUCAAUGUGGUAGUCGACGUUCUUCACGGCCUAUUUCAUGUGGAGGGUAGGAAGACAACAGGAGGAAAGUACAAUCUAAAGAACGUCCGUGUCAAGUCCCUGCACCAGUAUGUUAGGGAGCCAGUGGAGUUUGGCACUGACCGGGAGGAGAAUGCAGUCUUCGACGAGAAGCUCAAGGAGAAAUUGCUGGAAGUCUUGGAGCAGCUCACGCGUACAGACGCAUUCAAUGCUGCCCUGGUCAAGGUUUUCGGAUCUGACCCUAGCAAGCCAGAGCCGUUCGAGGUACUUCCCAAUGAUUUCGUCGCCUUUCCCGAUUUCGAGCUUUCUGUGUCUGGAGCUCCCACGAGGAACGUGAAAUUCACCGGGGGAAGAGCAGAACCUCUGAGCAAGAUUCUUAAGCCUGCCCGUGGUUCUAUUGGAGAUUUUACACUCGUUCUAUCACUCGAGGGACUGCGUGUCACCUACCUCGCUGUAGCCACCGAGCCGGACGACCGGUUUGAGGUAGUAGUAGAUGUGCUACAGGGCUCUGUGGAACUGAAGCGCACGAAAACCGCAGGGACAUUUGAACUGAAGAACGCUACUGUGAAAGAUCUGCGGGUGUACGUUGACAAGCCAGCGAAGUUCAGCAACGAUAGCAAGCAGAACACCGUGUUUGAAGAGAAGCUGAAGGAAAAAAUGUUGCUGGUUCUGAAGCUGUUCGGGCAGUCGGAAGUCCUGGUUAAUCCCCCUAAACAAACAUCAAGCGCCCUCGGAGGAACAGACAUUAGAUCCAUCGAUAGCAGGGCCUUUUGAAUACCCAGUGCGUAUCUAUCGUUUCCUACAACGGUAUGCAAGCUCUUGGAAAAUGUAAGAAAUAAACCUUGUUGUCGAUGCACACGUAAA